AUGGAGAGAGUACUUGAAUCCUUGGAUUGUCUAGCUGCUAGGAGGGUUCCUUUGGCUAUUGACCUCUUAGACGGGGAUGCAUGGCUUUGGUGGCAGGGUACCAGGAAUAUGGGUUUUGACCCAACUACCAUGACUUGGGAAGAGUUCAAAGCGAAGUUCUCAAAUCGGUACUAUAAUCAGGCCACCCAGCAUCGUCUCCGAUUUGAUUUCAUGCAGUUGAAACAGACUGAAGAGAUGACUGUGUUGCAGUAUGAGGAGCGUUUCAUUGCUUUAUCUCAGUUUGCCCCUGAGUUGGUGGCUACAGAAAAGUUGAAGGUUGAUCAGUUUAUCAAUGGCCUCCUACCUAUAUAUCAAGAUUGGUUCGCGCCUCAUGAUUAUCUGACUUUUAAAUUAGUUGUGGAGGCUGCUAUGAGGUGUGAGGCAAGAUAUGUAGACGGUUCCCGACCUUUGGAGAUUAGCGGUCCCAGUCAGGGGCCAUCCAAGAGAAUUGCCUCAAGUUCGGGUUCUGCAUCGUCAUCAGGCAGUAGACCGAGCAGUUCAGAUUCUAGCUCUCGUCAGCGCUUCAGGGGACGCUUCAGGAGGCCUGGGCAGACAGGUAUGAGACAGUCCAGGGGUGGUACUGCUAGUUCCAGUGGAGGCUUUGGUAGACAGUUGAUUCCGAGAGACUAUCCCCAGUGUGCUACUUGUGGUAGACACCAUGCAGGCCAGUGUCAGGCAGGUGUGGGGACUUGUUACCAGUGUGGCCAGUGGGGUCACUACAGGAGAGAAUGCCCUCAGUUGACCCAGGGAGUCCUCACUACGACUAGUCAGAGUGUGGGUCAGACCCCCGUGGGUGCUGCUAGUACAGGUUCUUAUGGCAGUUUGUCAGGCAGGAGCAGCACUCAGCCGGGUCGUUGA